GUUAACCAAAAACCUCCAGGGAAUGACAUGGAAACCACUUUUGCUGUUUCAGGUUAUGCUAUUGAAUCAGUUUUUAUGAUGCACAUGUUUAAAUGCUUCUUACAGUUACUGAAACCUCAUGUUCGUUUCACAAUUGCAAUCAAUGCAUUGGCUCGUGAAAGACUCAUCAGUGAAGGCGGGGUCAUCACCCAGAUUACUAGCCUCAAUAGAGCUGGGAUAGCUGACGUGAUUAAAAGUGCCAUGGAGACUUUAACCUACGAGUCCCUGUGCUUCCCUGAGGCCAUUGAAGCUCGAGGAAUGGAAGAUGCGCCGAAAUACUAUUAUAGAGAUGAUGGCAUGAAGAUCUGGGAGGCAAUACACAGUUUUGUGUUUGCUGUGGUUGAAAUCUACUAUGACAGCGAUGAGAAAGUUCAAGGAGAUGAGGAGAUUCAAGGAUUUGUUAAGGAUUGCCACGACGGCAUGCAAAGACCUCACAUUAAAUGCGUACUGCCACUGUUUCCAGAUUUUCCAGUCACUCUGAGCACUCGAGAGGAGUUAGUCAAGUACCUGACCGUUGUGAUAUUCACAGCUUCAGCACAACAUGCUGCGGUCAACUUUGGACAGUUUGACUGGUAUGGCUGGAUCCCCAACAGUCCUUCAACCAUGCGCAAACCGCCUCCCAACCAGAAGGGUCAGGUGGAUAUGAAGUAUAUCAUGGAGAGUCUGCCUGAUCGUGGAUGUUCCAGCAAGGCUAUAGGAACCGUUUGGGCCCUCAGUCGCUUCCAGAAGAAUGAGCUGUACUUAGGCACAUAUCCAGAGAUGUGCUUCACAGAGGAACCAGUGAAGGAGGCCAUAAAGACUUUCCGCAAGAAACUAGAUGAGGUGACCAAAGAAAUCAAGAGCCGGAAUGAGGGAUUAGCAUUGGAAUAUUGUUAUUUGUCCCCAGACAGAAUCCCCAACAGUGUUGCAAUUUGAGAAAAUAUUUUGACAGGUCUAUAUAAUGUUUACGGCCAAUGUGUGCUUGACAUAAGAGAGAAGAACAGCUCUACUUAAAAUAUGAACAAUUGUAAAACACAGGACAUUUUGCCUUUUGAUUUUGUCAGUGUUUGAUUAAUGCUUCUCAUAUUUGACUCUGAUGCUAGGAAGUAGGGAUAUUACUUAUCUGAGGGGUGAUUGUUAAUCCAUUAAAUAUUGUUUUUCUUUUUAAUUUUCUUUAUUCACAUACACUUAUUCAAUUAUUGCAUAUUCAUAAAUCCAUACUAUGGUAUUAAUUUAUUCAUAUUUUGAUUCAUUAAUUAAUUCAUAUUAAUGAUCUUUUGUUUGUAGUCUAUUUUAGAUAAUCAUUUGACUUACCUUCUUACCUAAUAGAUAUACUGAGAUCUUAAAUCCAUAUUGAUUUUGCACUGAUUAUCUUGCAUUCACAUGUAAGGUGUUUCAUGAAUGCU